UCAUUUCUCCUUCCUCCUGGAAACUGGAAUUCUGUCAAAGCACUCUUAUACAGUCUUAAACCCUCGGCAAAAAGAAUCAGCUUUUUGUUCUUUGCUUGCCCCAUUGAGAGAAGAAAAUGGCUACUACCUUCUUUAGGAGACUCGCCAAAGCUACCCCACCAUCCUUCACCAAUGCAUUUGGAGGUCAACCCAAGUCCGGUUUUGCUGGAUUUCGCUUCUCGGCAAUCGCAGCCGUUGCUAGUGGGAUCUCCUCUUACUACUACUUCUCCGAGUCGAAUUUGGUUCAUCUAGAUCAAAUCAAUGAAGAGACAGGUCCAAAAGUUGCUCUGAAGUCGGAUAAGUGGAUUGAAUUUAAGUUGCAAGAUACUGCAAGGGUUAGUCACAAUACUCAGUUAUUCAGGUUUUCAUUUGAUCCCACUGCUAAGUUGGGUUUAGAUGUCGCUUCAUGCAUCCUUACGAGGGCUCCAUUAGGACAAGAUGCUGAAGGAAAAACACAAUACGUCAUAAGACCGUAUACUCCUAUAUCAGACCCAGAUGCUAAGGGAUACUUUGACUUGUUAAUAAAGGUGUAUCCAGAAGGAAAAAUGAGUCAGCAUUUUGCUAGCUUAAAACCAGGCGAUGUAGUUGAAGUGAAAGGGCCCAUUGAAAAGCUCAGAUACUCUCCCAAUAUGAAGAAACACAUUGGCAUGAUUGCAGGUGGGACAGGCAUAACUCCAAUGCUUCAGGUAAUUGAGGCUAUACUGAAGAAGCCUGAUGACAACACUCAGGUGUCACUGCUUUUUGCCAAUGUCUCCCCGGAUGAUAUACUGCUAAAGCAGAAGCUUGAUAUACUUGCUGCUAGCCACCCAAAUCUUAAGGUUUUCUACACUGUGGACAAUCCAUCAAAAAAUUGGAAAGGUGGUGCUGGUUACAUUUCAAAGGAUAUGGUCACAAAAGGCUUACCUGGUCCUGGUGAAGAUACUCUAAUCCUUGUAUGCGGUCCACCUGGGAUGAUGAAACACAUAUCUGGUGGUAAGGCUAAAGACUAUUCACAAGGAGAGCUAACCGGCAUACUCAAAGAACUUGGAUACACCGAGCAAAUGGUUUACAAAUUUUGAAAAUCAAGGAUUUGAAGGGAUGACACUCGUGGUUUGAACAUAAUUUUUGUGUAAUAAAUGUUUCCUGAACGAACACUAAUCGGGCAGAGUUUAAAGCCCAGGGUAUGAAAUAAUUUUUUAGUGAUAUUCAAUGUAAAGAUAGUACAUUGUCAAAGCUUGUACCGAGUGAAAUCAAGAUACAAAGAGCUUUACAAAGCCUCUGCAAUUGGUUGUUGUGGCCAGGUGUAGUGUCUAAAUCAGAUAUGCCAAUUUGGGCAACUGUUUGUUUAGAUGGAUC